AUGGGAAUUAAUGAUCUGGCUGUUGUAGCCCGCAUUCUUGAGGAUCGGGCCUUUCAGAAUCAGCAAAUUACCUUGAUUCAUACAGGAGAGCUGGCCUCCAGGACCAUGUAUCAUGGGAUCUGCAAGGCCCAUGUUCCUGGUGUGACAUAUCGUUAUCAACAAAACAACCAUAGGCAGACUGUUGUGAAAAUGGCUACAAUCUGGGUGCUGUCCUUCCUUCUCUACAGUCCAGCUAUUAUCACCUGGUAUUAUGUGUAUGGUGACAGCAACAUUCCUGAAGGCCAGUGUUUAGCGGGAUUUUACGACAACUGGCACUUCCUUCUUGGGGCAUCAACUUUUGACUUCAUUCUUCCACUGAUAAGCAUUUCAUUUUUUAACAUCAGCAUAUACUGGAACAUAAAACUACGAAGUAGAAAAAUAAGUCAUGUUCCUUCUACACAUAUGAAUCCACCACAGGACAUAAGAGCAUCCAUAGACAUGGCUGUUGUUGUGAUUAACAAUUUGGGCGAAAGAGAAAAUAAGAGUCAAAAACAAAAUAAUGUGCUUGAAGCAUCUGUAAAUUUCCAGAGCGCCUCUUCAGAAAGUGGAAGCUCAAGUAACCGUGCUGCCAAACUUUCCAGGGAUAAGAAAGUGGCAAAGUCACUGUCUGUUCUUGUCUGUGUAUUUGUGUUUUGUUGGGCCCCAUACACAUUUCUUCAGACUAUCCGUGCAGCUUGUCAUGAUGAAUGUGUUGACUCCUACUGGAACCAAGUUACAAGUUGGUUGUUGUGGAUUAACUCUUCAGUGAAUCCUAUUAUCUAUCCUUUGUGCCACAAAAACUUUAGAGAUGCUUUUGUUAAAUUGUCUCAAAUGUGCAGAUUUAAAUUGAUGACUUUUAAUAAACAUUAAAUUCUCCUUUACAUUAUUUAGAUCCAGUUAAAUAAAUAAAUAAAAAAUGGAAGUGUGUUUUAAAGUCAAACUAAAACCAAAGCUUUUUUUUUUGGACAGAGUGGGAUGGAACCUCCUGUUUUAGUUGUGAUCUCCGUCCCUGCUGAAGAGAUUAUCAUCAAUAGCUGUCUCAACAGUAAAUGAAGGAAAAUUAUCUCUAGUGGGGAGACUAUCAAAAUUAGAAAUGGUUAAAACGUCCAUCAGAAUAUUUUCACUGUAUGUCUUUUGACCCAGUGACAUUUUUUCGUCAC